GACUGGCUAACUCACAAACAUAAUAUCACUAAGCUAACUGACAGUUUUACUAUGGCGUCGACAAACAUCGACCCUUUAUCAGUUGCGGAGCCUUCAGGAGUUGUUGAAGAUGAGGAGGAGACGGAGGAAGAGGACCCAGCGGCAGCAGGAGAGUGGAGCCGGGACACUCAGGUUCCUGGGAAGGUGUUGCGGGCUCACAGUGACGUCGUGACGGCCUCGCGACUCUGCUUCAACGACCGCUGCAUCCUCAGCUGCUCUGCCGACCGCACGGCCAUCCUCUGGGAGGUGGAGACCUGCAGACCUCUGAGGGUGUUUGACGGAGUUCACAGUAAAACCAUCACAGAGUGCUCUCUGAUCCCAAACACCAACAGGAUGGUGACAGUCUCCUGGGAUAAGAAGAUGGUGUCCACAGACCUGGAGACAGGACAGACUUUGUGGAGGAGGCGUCAGGCCGGUCUGCUGACCUCCUGCAGCUCGUCUCCAGACGGCCGGCUGCUCGUCUGUUCUUCAGAUCCCCAGAACGGUGUUUACAUCAGCGACGCAGCCAGCGGACACACACUGCACCACGUCACCGAUCAUCACCGCUCCACCAUCACGCGCUGUCGCUUCGACCCCCAGAGCCAGCGCGUGGCCUCGGUGUCUGCAGACCGCAGCAUCAAACUGUGGGACCUGCUGGCUCACAAAACCACCGUCAACAUAGACAGUAACCACAGCAACGUGGUCUCUGACUGCUGCUUCACCACCAGUGGGUACUUCCUGUGCACGGCAUCGUGGGAUAAGAGUUUAAAGCUGUGGGACCUGCAGGCCGGAGGGUUCAGGUCUCAGGGCGGGAUGCCGCUGCAGAGAGGCCACCAAGGCAGCGUGAGUUCCUGCAGCUUCUCUGCUGACGCCAGCCUGCUGGUGUCUGGCUCCUAUGACAGGACUGUUGCACUCUGGGAUAUGUCGUCCCUCUGCCAGACUCUCAUCCUGAGGGGCCACAGUGAUUGGGUGACAGAUGUGUCAAUCAGUGCUGACAGGAAGUUGGUGGUCUCUGCCUCCAAGGACAGGACGGUGAGGUUAUGGAACAUGGAGAACAUGGAGGAAAUCCCACAAGUCCUGGAGAAGAGGAGGACACAAGGAACAGGAAUCCACAUCCUCAAGUGUGAGGAGUGUAGAAAGACCUUCCCAGUGUCCAGGCUGCAGACCUCCGAGCUGCUGACUCGCUGCGUCUUUUGUCGACUCAAAUCGCCCUCAAGGUACCGACCGCAGCCGCCGCCACUCAUGUGACUUCCUGUCCCAGACGUCAGAGGUCAGAGGUCAACCA